CACUGUAAAAAACAGUUAAAUAAUGACAUAAGUACUGAUCUAUUACCAAUUCAAAAGCAAAGAACCUUUCUUGGCUUUUCUUUGAUAGUGUCUUCCAAAGGUCAACUCAAGGUUUUCUGCAGUCAGAAACCCAAUUCUCAUGGAAAAGAAAGAAAAAGUGCAGAAGAAUCUGAGAUUCACAAGCUAAGGUGGGAGAGAAGAUUAUCGUUGUUUCUGAUGGCUGGAGUACUUCUAGGAUCAGUGGGUUUCUGGAUAAUAAUUGGUAUCCAUGUAACCUUUUUGGUUUUUGCUCAAGAAGGGGAUCAAUUUGUUCUCUAUGACUUCAGGAAAGCAAACCUCGAACUUGAUGGAAUGGCAAAUACACACGAUGGUCCGUUGCAUCUAACAGACGGUACAAACAAGAGCACUGGUCACGCUUUCCACAACAGUCCCAUCAAGUUCACAAAGUCUUCCCUCGGUUCAUUUUCCUUUUCAACAGAAUUUGUCUUUGCAAUCUUCCCACUGCAAACCAUUGCCAACGGUCACGGAAUGGCUUUUGUGGUAUCUCCUACCAAAUACCUCAGCUCUAACGGCACUGCAAAUUCAAAUUUAGGGAUUUUCAAUAGAACAAAUGAUAACCAGGCUACAAACCAUAUCCUUGCUGUAGAACUUGACACUCAUGAAAGCUCUGAGUCAUUAGACAAAGGGGGCAACCAUGUGGGUAUUGAUGUUUACAGUAUAGUCUCAGUUGAUUCUGCAGAAGCUCGUUACUUUAAUAAGGCAGAGGGAAAGAACACAAGUUUGUUGCUUGCGAGUGGAAAAAGUAUUCUAAUCUGGAUAGACUAUGAUGCAAUAGAGCAACUACUAAAUGUAACGUUAGCUCCAGUACCGACUCCAAAGCCAGUUUCGCCUCUGUUUUCAAAAUCCAUCAAACCAAGUGUGCCCCUCUUGUCAUGGUCCAUCAAUCUUUCAGAAGUUUUCAAUGAGACGAUGUAUGUAGGAUUUUCUGGUUCUACAGGCACAAUCACAAGUGACCAGUAUAUUUUUGGAUGGAGUUUCAAGAAAGGCGGAGAAGCAGAAAGCCUUGACAUUUCAAUGAUUUCAGAUCCACCACCGUCCUCUCCACCACCAACCUCACCACCGCAAUCUUCUCUACCAUCACCCUCUCAUCCACCAUCAUCAACACCUCCAACAUCACCAGGGGGUAAAAAUUAUCCAUUUGGAGCGGUUAUAGGCACUAGUAUAGCAACAGUUGCUUUUAUUUUAAUAGUGCUGGGAGGAAUUGUGUAUCUUUACAAGAAAAAGAAGUACGCAGAGGUUCUUGAACAAUGGGAAAAAGAAUAUAAUCCCCAAAGAUACUCCUUUAGGAACCUAUACAAAGCAACCAAAGGUUUCAGGGAGAAUCAUCUACUUGGUGCAGGAGGUUUUGGAAAAGUCUAUAAAGGAAUACUUCCCAAUGGUACACAAAUCGCGGUUAAGAGAGUAUACCAUGAUGCAGAACAAGGAAUGAAGCAGUAUGUGGCAGAGAUUGCUAGUAUGGGAAGGCUAAGGCACAAGAACUUGGUUCAGCUCCUCGGUUACUGCAGAAGGAAAGGUGAAUUGCUUUUGGUCUAUGAUUACAUGCCAAAUGGAAGCCUUGAUGACUACUUGUUCAAUAGAAACAAGCUGAAAGACCUCACUUGGUCUCAGAGAGUAAAUAUAAUUAAGGGAGUUGCAUCUGCCCUUCUGUAUCUGCAUGAAGAGUGGGAACAAGUCGUGUUACAUAGAGAUAUAAAAGCCAGCAACAUUCUCUUAGAUGCUGAUCUAAAUGGAAAGUUGGGAGACUUUGGGUUAGCCAGAUUCCAUGAUCGUGGUGUGAAUCUUGAAGCCACACGAGUGGUAGGAACCAUUGGCUACAUGGCACCAGAGCUUACUGCAAUGGGAGUAACUACUACUUGGACCGAUGUCUAUGCUUUUGGAGCUUUCAUCCUUGAAGUGGUAUGUGGGAGGAGACCAGUAGACCCUGAUGCACCACGUGAACAUGUGAUUUUGGUUAAGUGGGUUGCGAGCUGUGGGAGAAGAGAUGCUUUAACUGAUACUGUUGACAGCAAACUAAUAGACUUUAAAGUUGGAGAGGCCAAGCAGCUUUUGAAACUAGGCAUGCUUUGUUCACAGAGCAACCCAGAAAACAGACCUAGUAUGAGACAGAUAUUACAAUAUCUGGAAGGAAAUGUUAGUGUUCCAGCUAUAUCAUUUGAUAAUGUUGCAAUUGGUAUACCCAAUAUAAGCCAUGAAACAGUAACACAAAUGACAACCACCUCUUCAUCAGCUAAUUUCUCAUUUGAGGAUGUUACAAUCCUAUAUGGUGGUCGUUAAAGCAUGCAUCACAGGCUGCUUUGACUAAAAAAAGUACUAUUCUACUACAAUUAUGUGUGUUUAAUGUGAAUGAUUGUGUUUAUGAUGUGAUGUUUGCAUAUCUAUAUAAAGCUACUUUAUUUUGUAUAUAAUUUCAGGGAAUUUGUCUUAAAAUGAAAACAUCGUUUCUUUA